GCGCGCGGCGCCGGAGACAUGUCCAGGAGGAAACAGAGCAACCCCCGGCAGAUCAAGCGUUCCCUCGGAGACAUGGAGGCCAAAGAAGAGGCUCAGGCCGCGGACACCAGCCUCCCAGAGCAGGAGGCCACAGUGCUGGAGCCCGAGCCCACAAGCCCUUCCAGUCCAGAGGCUAAUCCUCCACCCCCUCCACUGCCGCCGGCCCCCACAUCCCCAGGAGGCCCCGAGGAGCCGGAGCAUCGGGAGCCAGAGAUGAUGCCGGAGGAGGAGGCAGCCAGCAGCCCCUGGAGUGGGCCAGACGAGCUGGAGCCAUUGCUGCAAGACGGACAGAGGUGCGUGCGGGCUCGGUGCAGCCUCACAGAAGGCCUAUCCUGGGGCCCAUUCCGCGGGAGCAUCCAGACCAGAGCCUCGUCCCCCGGGCAGGCAGAACUGAGCCCGGCCCUGACCCUGCUGCUGGAGGAUGAGGCUUGCUGGCUGAGGACGCUGCCCCAGCCCCUGGCCGAGGCCGAGGCCAACGCGGAGAUCUACCGGAAGGAUGAAGCCCUCUGGUGCAGGCUCACCAGGCCGGUGCCUGCAGGUGGACAGCUGAAAGUGCUUCUGGUGGCCAAGCCCCCCAGCAACCCCAGCCACCCUGUGAAGAAGGAGCCGGCGGAGCCCGAGAGCCCAGCUCCCUCCCACCCCGACAUCCAGCUCCUGCCCCAGCAGGCCGGCAUGGCGUCCAUCCUCGCAACCGCGGUCGUCAACAAAGACGUGUUUCCCUGCAAAGACUGUGGCAUCUGGUACCGUAGCGAGCGGAACCUGCAAGCCCACCUCCUCUACUACUGUGCCAGCCGCCAGGGUGCCGGCUCCCCUGCCGUGGCCGCCUCGGAUGAGAAACCCAAGGAGACCUACCCCAACGAGCGGGUCUGCCCCUUCCCCCAGUGCCGCAAAAGCUGCCCCAGCGCCAGCUCCCUGGAGAUCCACAUGCGUAGCCAUAGUGGGGAGCGCCCCUUCGUGUGUCUCAUCUGCCUGUCUGCCUUCACCACCAAGGCCAACUGUGAGCGGCACCUCAAGGUGCACACAGACACGCUGACGGGAGUCUGCCACAGCUGUGGCUUCAUCUCCACCACAAGGGACAUCCUCUACAGCCACCUGGUGACCAACCACAUGGUCUGCCAGCCAGGCUCUAAGGCUGAGAUCUAUUCACCAGGGACGGGCCACCUCACUGCCAAGCUCCCCACAGACAGUCUGGCCGCCUUCCAGCAGCACACGGCACUGCACAGCCCCCUGGCCUCUGCCGACCUAGGCCUGGCGCCCGCCCCCUCGCCAGGAGUGGACAGGAAGGCCCUGGCCGAGGCUACCAACGGAGAGGCUAGAGCGGGUCCCCAGAACGGGGGCGACGGCGAGCCCCUAGCGGCCCCCAGGAGCAUCAAGGUGGAGGCAGCGGAGGAGCCCGAGGCAGAGCCAGGGCCCCUCGCCCCUUCACGAACGCCGUCGCCACCCAGCCCUGGCCCCGCGCGGGUAAAAGCGGAGCUGUCCAGCCCUACGCCCGGCUCCAGCCCGGGGCCCAGCGCACUGUUCCUGCCGCACCUGCCCGCGGCGCCACCGGCCUCCGAGAUCCUGGCCAAGAUGUCCGAGCUGGUGCACAGCCGGCUGCAAGCGGGUGCGGGGGUGGGCGCGCCGGCAGGCCUCUUCGCGGGGGCCCCCAAGGGCGCCACGUGCUUCGAGUGCGACAUCACCUUCAACAAUGUGAACAACUUCUACGUGCACAAGCGCCUCUACUGCUCUGGCCGCCGGCCGCCCGACGACACGCCCCCAGCCCGCCGGCCCAAGGCGGCCCCCGCCCCGCCUCGCGUGACCCCUGCCCCGCCAUCCGCAGAGGCCGAGGCGCCGCGCUCGUCGCCGGGCCCCGGGGCACGAGAGGACGAGGCGGGGAGCGCGGCCACGCCCGAGGCAGAGGCUGACGCGAGCGGCCGGGGCAGCGAGGGCAGCCCUAGCCCGGGCAGCGGGGCGGAUGAGGACGACGACCCCCGCCGGACGCUGUGCGAGGCCUGCAACAUCCGCUUCAGCCGCCACGAGACCUACACAGUGCACAAGCGUUACUACUGCGCCUCGCGCCACGACCCGCCGCCGCGCCGCCCAGCACCAGCCGGGACACCUGCGCCCUCGGCGCCACCAGUGCGCACGCGCAGGCGCCGCAAGCUCUAUGAGUUGCACGCGGCCGGGCCCGCCCCGCCCCUAGCCGGACCUGCCCCGCCCCUGGCCGGACCCGCCCCUCCCUCCGCGCCAGGCCCCGCCCCUACACCACCCGGACCCGCCCCCACACCGCCCGCAUCGCCGCGGCCCGGAAGCGGAAGUGGAGGCGGAAGUGGCCCGGACGCGACCGAAGGCCCUAUCGACCUAAGUAAGAAGCCGCGACGCCAGGCUCCAGCAGCCACCCCGGGCCCUGCGCCUGGCCUGGCGACCCUGGCCGAUUACCACGAGUGCACGGCUUGCCGCGUGAGCUUCCACAGCCUCGAGGCCUACCUGGCGCACAAAAAGUUCUCGUGCCCCGCCGCCCCGCGCCGCCUGCGUGCGGCCCCCGAGGACCCGCCUGCCGUCGUCUGCCCCUACUGCCCCCCGAACGGCGUGGUGCGCGGCGACCUCAUCGAGCACUUCCGCUUGGCGCACGGCCUGCUGCUGGGCAAGCCCCUAGUCGGACCCGGCGCGGAGGCCCGGACGCCCUCGCCCGCCGCUCCCCGCGAUGGCCUCAACGGCCAGGACCUGCAGGAGCCUCCUGCCAGCAGCCCCCGGCCCGGCCCGCCCCCAGCCGCGUCCCCGGAGGCGGUGCCGGCGCCCCCUUCGCAUUCGGACAAGGGUGUGCAGACCCCCAGUCAGGGAGCGCCGGCCCCCGUGCCCAACGGCAACCACAGGUACUGCCGCCUGUGCAACAUCAGGUUCAGCAGCCUGUCCACCUUCAUCGCCCACAAAAAGUAUUACUGCUCCUCCCACGCGGCCGAGCACGUCAAGUGAGCGCCCGGCUGCUGCUGCCCUGCAGGCGCCCGGGAAAUCACGCACAGGCCUCGGCAGAGGGGCUGCAGGGGGCAGCGCCCGCCUGGACCUUGGCACUUAAUAAAGAAGUUAAGUUUGCUGAGCACAGUG